ACCCUUGUAUGCCCAGAUCCUUACGACUUGGAGAACCAAUCGAGUGUGAUCCCGAGAUUGAAAGGACCUUGCGUCAUAUUAGGAAGAAGGCACGAGAAACAAAGGAUAAUUUGAAAAGCAAAAACACCAUGGGAGACCAAGAAAACCAAGGCAAUCAAGACCGAUCCUUGAAGGAGUUUGCAUCACCAACCACCCAUAGCUCCCAAUCUAGCAUCUUGAAGCCUAAUGUUGCUGCCAACAAUUUUGAACUCAAGCCUUCGCUCCUCUCCAUGGUUCAGCAAAACCAAUUUGGAGGCACUCCAACCGAAGACCCAAACCUCCAUAUCUCAAUCUUUCUAGAAUAUUAUGACACCCUGAAGAUGAAUGGAGUGUCGGAUGAUGCAUUCAAACUAAGGUUGUUUCCCUUCUCAUUAAAAGACAAGGCAAGGGCUUGGCUACAAUCACUUCCACCGGGCUCCAUCACUACAUGGGACCAACUCUCAGAAGCGUUCCUUGCUAAGUACUUCCCUCCGAGCAAAACAGCCCAAUUGAGAAAUCAGAUAACAACCUUCACUCAAAAAGAAGGGGAGUCAUUGUAUGAUGCAUGGGAGAGGUACAAGGAUCUUCUAAGGAUGUGUCCACAUCACGGGUUGGAGGAUUGGCUCAUAAUUCACACUUUCUACAACGGUCUUCUCUACAACACAAGGAUGACCGUGGAUGCUGCAGCGGGUGGUGCAUUGAUGAACAAAAGUGUACGAGAUGCAAAACAACUCAUAGAGGAUAUGGCACAGAAUCAUUUCCAGUGGUCAGGAUUGACACGAUUGACAUGGUGGUUAGAGAAGAUUUUACCAGAGAUAUCUCAAGUGAUCCACUUGAGAAAUGUUUAGUAAAGAAUGGGGUACCAGAUGAUGAUGAUCAGGAAAUAACUUCCUAUGUUACAAUGCUUGAUGAAAAGCCAACCUACACCAAAACCACCUACAUCAAAGAACCUGAUAUAGUGGUCGAAAUUGCAAGGGGGCUGAAUGACCAGGUUGUGUCUGUAAACACAGCUGUGUCAAAAAGCAGCAGAAACAGCCCAGAACAGGUUUGUGAAGAGAAAACUGCACCUGGGAAGAUGCUGAAUAAUGAUUCCACACGGCCAUGGUGUGUCCGUAGACACAGUCGUGUCAAAAAGCAGCAGAAGAAGUCUAGAACCAGUCCAUCUCCACCAGUUGAAGUGGAACAUAAGGCACAUUGGGCUAUCAAGAGCAUUCAUUUAGAUUUGAAAGAAUCAGGGGAACAGAGAAAGCUUCAACCAAAUGAACUUGAUGAAUUGAGAUUGGAUGCGUAUGAGAAUGCCAAGAUUUACAAAGAAAGAACAAUGAAGUGGCAUGAUCAACAUAUCCUCCGUAAAGAGUUUACAGAAGGAGACUUGAUACUUCUACUUAAUUCCCGACUCAAGUUUUUUCCGGGCAAACUUUGUUCGAGGUGGUCUGGACCAUUCCAAGUGUGCAAGAUAUACCCAUUUGGGGCUGUCGAAGUAUGGAGUGAAGCCACGGGAUCUUUCAAGGUCAAUGGACAGCGAUUAAAGCAUUAUUUCACAGGAACUCUGAUCGAGAAGUUGGGUACUUUUACCCUUCUCGAUUCAUCAUCAUUGUGAGCAUUGAAGGGGUCGGGCUCAUGACCAUA